CUUCCGGUGACCUCCGGCCCUUCUCUGUCGUCCGCUCCUGCUGCCUAGCGUGCUCGCUCGCGCGUUUCUCUCCCUCCACGCUCCCGGCUCCCUCCCCACGCUGCCCGGUGACCCUGGCGCCCGCGACCGGCGCGGCGGCGUCGGAGGACAGUCGUCAUGGCCGCCUCUAAGCCGGUGGAGGCGGCGAUGGCGGCGGCGGCGGCGCCCGGGUCUGUUAACGGAGUGGGCGGUGGCAGCGGGACUGCGGGCCCCGGCUCGGGCGCGGGGACCCUGCCGCGAUGGCACGUGGCUCUGGCCAUCGGGGCGCCCUUGUUGCUAGGUGCCGGGGCCAUGUACCUGUGGAGCCGAAGGCGGCGGCGCCGGGAGGCGGCAGGCCGGGGCGAAAGCAGCGGCCUCAAGCGCAACAGCGAACGAAAGACCCCGGAGGGCAGGGCCAGUCCGGCCCUGGGCAGCGGCCACCCCGAUGGUUCUGGUGACUCUCUGGAAAUGAAUUCUCUGGAUAGAGCCCAAGCAGCCAAAAACAAAGGCAACAAAUAUUUCAAAGCAGGAAAAUAUGAACAAGCUAUUCAGUGCUAUACUGAGGCAAUUAGUUUGUGCCCUACUGAGAAGAAUGUAGACCUUUCUACAUUUUAUCAGAACAGAGCAGCAGCCUUUGAACAGUUGCAAAAAUGGAAAGAGGUGGCACAAGAUUGUACAAAGGCUGUUGAACUUAAUCCCAAAUAUGUGAAAGCUCUCUUUAGACGUGCAAAAGCCCAUGAGAAGCUAGACAAUAAGAAGGAAUGUUUAGAAGAUGUCACUGCUGUGUGUAUAUUAGAAGGGUUCCAAAAUGAGCAGAGUAUGCUGCUAGCUGAUAAAGUUCUUAAACUUCUCGGGAAAGAGAACGCCAAAGAAAAAUAUAAGAACCGUGAACCUCUGAUGCCAUCGCCACAGUUUAUUAAGUCUUACUUCAGUUCCUUCACGGAUGAUAUAAUUUCUCAACCAAUGCUUAAAGGAGAGAAGUCUGACGAAGAUAAAGACAAGGAAGGAGAAGCUUUAGAAGUAAAAGAAAAUUCUGGCUAUUUAAAAGCUAAACAGUAUAUGGAAGAAGAAAACUAUGACAAAAUCAUAAGUGAAUGCUCAAAGGAAAUAGAAGCUCAAGGCAAAUACAUGGCAGAAGCUUUACUACUACGAGCCACCUUCUACCUGCUCAUUGGCAGUGCCAACGCAGCCAAACCUGACUUAGAUAAGGUCAUCAGUUUGAAGGACGCUAAUGUGAAGCUUCGAGCAAACGCCCUUAUCAAAAGAGGCACCAUGUGUAUGCAGCAGCAGCAGCCCAUGCUCUCGACCCAGGAUUUCAACAUGGCUGCCGAGAUCGAUCCUCAGAAUUCAGAUGUUUAUCACCACCGAGGACAGCUGAAAAUUCUGCUGGAUCUAGUUGAAGAAGCAGUGGCGGAUUUUGAUGCAUGCAUUAAAUUAAGACCCAAGUUUGCUCUGGCACAAGCUCAGAAGUGUUUUGCAUUGUAUCGCCAGGCAUAUACAGCAAACAAUUCUUCACAAGUCCAAGCAGCUAUGAAAGGUUUUGAAGAGGUCAUAAAGAAAUUUCCAAGGUGUGCUGAAGGCUAUGCGCUUUAUGCCCAGGCAUUAACAGAUCAACAACAGUUUGGUAAAGCUGAUGAAAUGUAUGAUAAAUGUAUUGAUUUGGAACCAGAUAAUGCUACAACUUAUGUUCAUAAAGGUUUACUUCAACUUCAAUGGAAGCAAGAUUUGGAUAAAGGCUUGGAGCUUAUCAGCAAAGCUAUUGAGAUUGACAACAAAUGUGAUUUUGCAUAUGAGACCAUGGGAACCAUUGAAGUGCAGAGAGGAAACAUGGAGAAAGCCAUUGACAUGUUCAACAAAGCUAUCAACCUGGCCAAAUCAGAAAUGGAGAUGGCUCAUCUGUAUUCACUUUGUGAUGCUGCCCAUGCCCAGACAGAAGUAGCAAAGAAAUACGGAUUAAAACCGCCAACCUUAUAAAACCAAGGGGAAAGCAGACGGACUCUUUUUAAAAGAAGUUUACCCCUCUUCAACUGAACCCUGAAGACACUGUCAUGACACUGUGUUGAAUGGUGGAACCUAGUAUUCCCUUUGUGAUGUUGUCAUUCAUUACAUCUGUUUCAUGUUUAGGUGUUGUGGGCGUGGCUGUUGAAGGAAGUUUGAAGUCUUGCAGCUUUUAUUCCCUGUGCUACAAAAGCUUAGAACAUGUUAAAGGGAUAUUAAAACAAACUUGUAGAAUACAAACAGUAAUUGGCCAUGCAAAUAAAAACUUUGAUUUGUUGAUUUGGUUUUUUUUAUAUUGGGGUGGGGAUUAUGUUCUGAAUGAUUUUCUUUUUAUAGCUGUUUGUAUAAUAUGAGUGUUUUAUAGUGUGUUGGUCUUUAACAUGGUAAGUGCUGUAAAAUAGACUUCUUUUAUAUUCAAUUCUUUUUAAUUUUUUUUAAGGAUGAAAAGCUUCAAUAUGGUUUUCAGUAAAGUUGAAAGACUAAGCUAUUGUCAGCAUGCUCAGUGCCUCUGAUUCUGUAGUACUUUAGGAAAUUAUGCAGAAGCAAAAUAUUCUGAUUGAUAUUCGUACAAGACGACUAUUAAUGAGAGGCUGAACAAGGAAGGUAAGAUGAAAGAGACGUGUAUAUAAUUGCUUGUGCCUAUUCCAUAGUAAGUACUAUUUAAUAGUAUGCUUUUUAAGGAGAGUGGGUGGAUGUGAGCAACCCACAUACAGAUGGAGUUCAUGUUAUGAUAUAUAGGAAUAUUUAAUUAGUUUAAGUUUUCUAGUGAUAGAAAUAUGGUAAGGUUCAAAAAGGAUGUCAGUCCUGGAGCCAGAGCACACUCUUGGAAUGACAAGUUCAGUGCUUUGGCUGUGGCUGUAUUAACUUAAGGGAUGUUGAGCCAGUAUUUUCAGAGGUUCGGUAUAUAGAGUACUUUUUGUAUUGAGGUAAGUUUGACCUCUGAGGACUGAUGGUCCAUGUCCACAUCUCCAGGGACACUGACAGCUGACUUUACUUUGGUUGUUCAUUUUUAUCUGUACCUCAUCUCUCUUUGGAAAUGCUACCGUUGUGUCCAUCACUUUCACAGACUCUUCUUUUGCUUAUUUAUAUGCUGGAUUUUCUGGUGUGUGUGUGUGUGUGGCGGGGGGCGUGUUCUUGCUGAGUGUUUCUAAGAUCCACGUAGAGGUUUAUUUACGUGAAAAGAUUUUUUAAAAAAGCAAGUCUGUUAAGGUGUAUGGACAUGAAGUCUAAUUAUAGUUUACAUUGUUGAGAGUAAAAGGAGCAUUUUACAGUUUUACACUCUUAUUUAAAAGGGUGCUUUAUCCCACUGAAACCAAAUAUGAUUUCGCUACAAUUGCUGUCUUUUUAGAAACUAUUAGAAAUGACUGACUGCUCUUACAUAGUCUUUGAACAAUAUUGGUAAGCCUGUGGCUGAUUUCAGUGGGGGCAGUUAAUAUGAUUUAAGGUGACUGACUGGGAUAGUGGAAAGUUGGAGCAUUUUGUUCUGAAAUAAUUAUCCAGUGGUGACAGCCGUAAGUACAGAAUGUCCUAGAUCUCCGAAUGUGACCUCUUUGCUUAAAAAGUUUUUAUUUGCAUGGCUGUAUUUACGUUAUACUGACAUUUUCUACUCUACCCCCUUCUUUCUUGGGGCUGGGUAGGAAACACGAAGCAUGUGCCAUUCAGUACUGUCAUUCCAAAUACUCACAGACUUUUGCCUGUUGUGAACAUUUGAAACUGCACUGAAAGCUGCAUCUGUCUGUAUCUUUUCUUUUGUAAAUGGCUUCACAUGUAAAUUCACAAAAUAAAUACUACAUUCAAGC